AUGUCUGUGGAAGGCUAUUCGAACCACAGUGCUCGACAGCAUUGUCUGAUAGAUAUGACCGUGGUCUGGAACUCAUUUCUAUCAACUUUCAGGGUGACACUCAGGUGCAUCUACUGCCUGAGCCUGGCACUACCACUCAGUGCAGAGCACAAGACCUACCCAAAACCACCUGCCACGGUUCAAGUCCCUCCACACAUUGUCUUUGUGAUGGUGGAUGAUCAGGGCUACAGUGAUGUGGGCUACCAUGGCUCGGAUAUCCACACGCCAGUACUGGACCAGCUGGCUGCUGAAGGGGUGAAGCUGGAGAACUACUACGUCCAGCCAAUCUGCUCACCCUCUCGUAGCCAGCUCAUGACCGGACGGUAUCAAAUUCACACGGGCCUUCAGCACUCCAUCAUCCGCUCUCGCCAGCCUCUGUGUCUGCCCCUCGACAUGCCCACACUUCCCGAAAGGCUGCGUCAGGCUGGCUACAGCACCCACAUGGUGGGAAAGUGGCACCUGGGCUUCUGCCAGCCUGAGUGUCUGCCCACUAGCCGAGGAUUUCAGAGCUUUCUGGGUUCACUGACUGGUAGUGGAGAUCAUUUUAACUUCCAGAGCUGUGAUGGAGCAGAGACCUGUGGCUUUGACCUGCAUGAUGGUGAACGGCCAGCCUGGGAGUUGAGGGGGAACUACUCCACAUGGCUGUAUGCACAGAGGGUGAAGAAAAUCUUGCGGACUCACGACCGGCGGAAGCCUCUGUUCCUGUAUGUGGCACUCCAGGCUGCUCACACUCCUUUACAAGCUCCUGCUCAUCUCCUCCAGCGUUAUGCUUCUCUUGGGAAUCAGCCAAGGCGCCAUUACGCCGCCAUGCUGAGUGGUGUGGACGAGGCUGUGGGCGAGAUUGUGGCGGAGAUGCGUAAUCGAGGCUACUAUCACAACUCCGUGCUGAUCUACUCUUCAGAUAAUGGAGGCCAGCCUCUGUCAGGUGGCUGCAAUUGGCCCCUGCGUGGAGGGAAGGGCUCCUACUGGGAGGGAGGAGUGCGAGCAGUGGGCUUCGUUCACAGCCCUCUGCUGAAGUUGAAGAGGAAGAUCAGUCAUGCUUUAAUACACGUCUCAGAUUGGUACCCGACCUUGCUAUAUCUGGCAGGAUCGCCCGAGCCAAACUCUCAGCGCUUAGACGGGUGUAAUGUGUGGGGGGCCAUCAGUCAGGGUCUACCUUGCCCUCGUACUGAAAUCCUGUUUAACAUUGACCCUAUGUCGCGGCGGCAUGGAGAGCACGAUCGCAGGCUGUUGAUGGUAAAUGGCUUUGGGAUCUGGGACACAGGAGUGCGUGCAGCAAUUCGAGUGGGUGACUGGAAACUCCUGACAGGGAAUGUAGGAGAUGGGGACUGGUUCCCCCCACAGAUCUUGCCUGGAGCUCCACAGCAGAGGCAGGACAUGGAGAAGAGACAGGACCAGCGUGGGAAGUCUGUGUGGCUCUUCAACAUCAGCGCUGACCCUUUUGAGAGGCGUGAUCUGACACAAGCGAGGCCUGAGGUGGUAAAGCUUCUGCUCUCAAGGAUUGCGGAGUAUAACCGCACUUCUGUGCCUCCAAAAAACCCACCAGAUGAUCCGAUGGCUGACCCCCAGCUCCAUGGAGGCGUGUGGAUGCCAUGGCUGGUUAAGAAAGAAGGAGAAGAUGCAGAUAGAAGAGGAGCGACAGAUAAACGCAACUGGAAGCUUCGAUUCAAAACCUGCAAAGUGUGCAAACUGAGAGCUCUGUUUAGAAAGGUGGGCACACGCCUACAAAGAGCAGCUUUAUACUUUUAGGCAAAAAUAGAUGGAGAGAAAUGGAGACACAAAUCUUCCAAGCUGGCUGUUGGCUCUUGCUUGGCUACUGUUUUUUUCCAGUCCCUGCUGAAGAGCAGCGUGUACCGAGCUCACAGGGAGGUGUAAGAGUUUGUU